GUAAAAGCUCCAAGCAUUUAAACCCAAGCUUAAUUCAUGCCCAAUAAUAUAUUUCCCAUCCAAGACCAAGACGAGAGAGACCCUAUUGGCUUAUUGCACGGAGUAGAUGAAAGUGGGCGAGUGAUGAUGAGAAACAGUCGUACUCCCAAAUCCGAUAUCCUUUUUGUGAAGAAAGGGAAAAAGAUUAUUUUAAGGCUGAUGAUGAAGCCAUUGUCGUCUUCUUCCAAUUUCUUGCUCUACUUCUUCUUCUUCUUCCUUGUUUUCUUUCGGUGCAUCCAAUCAAUUAAUGCCCAGAACGCCACCACCGAUCCUUCAGAAGUAAGGGCGUUGAACUCAAUCUUCCAACAAUGGCGUAUACAAGCGGUGGAUUCAUGGAAUAUCAGUGGAGAGCCAUGCAGUGGAACUGCUCUCACCCAAAGUUCAUCUGUGUUUGAGGAUCCUACUAAUAAUCCUGCUAUUAGAUGUGAUUGCUCUUUCAAAAAUAACACUCUUUGCCACAUUACUAGCUUGAGGGUAUAUGCUCUAGAUAAACGAGGAGUGAUACCAAAGGAGCUUUUAGAUUUGCCUUUUCUGGAGUUCUUGAAGAUUGAUAAAAACUUCUUUUCUGGCCCUUUACCAACAUUUCUUGGAAAUAUGUCUAAAUUAUGGUUAUUAAUACACCUUUCUUUGGAUUAUUUAUAUAGGUCAAUGGCCCAAAAUAAUUUCAAUGGACCCAUUCCAAAGGAGCUUGGAAAUCUUAAGAAGCUAUAUUUGUUGUCGUUGGGUAAUAAUAAUCUCUCCGGAACAUUGCCUCCAGAACUUGGUAAUUUAGUGGAGCUUGGAGAGCUAUACAUUAACAGUUGUGGAUUAGGUGGUGAGAUUCCCUUAACAUUUGCUAACCUUAAAGAACUACGAAUUGUGUGGGCAUCUGACAAUGCAUUCACAGGCAAAAUACCAGACUUUGUUGGCACUAAUUGGACAAAGCUUACAUCAUUGAAAUUUGAAGGGAACUCUUUCGAAGGUCCAAUACCAUCCAGCUUUGCAAAUUUAACCUCAUUGACAUCAUUGAGAAUUGAAGGUAUAUACAAUGGGAGUUCUUCUCUUAAUUUUGUUAGAAAUCUAAAAAACUUGACUGACUUGGUUCUAAGAAAUGUCUUGCUCAAUGGUAUUUUUCCAUCUUAUAUCACAGAACUACAAUCUUUACAAAAGUUGGAUUUAAGUUUCAACAACUUAACAGGAAAAAUUCCAAAUGCUUUGUUCAAUAUGAAUUCUCUCAUAUACUUGUUUCUUGGAAAUAACAGACUAUCAGGUUCCAUUCCUAGCCAAAAGAGUGAAACUCUUCGGACCAUAGAUUUAUCAUACAAUUUUCUAUCAGGAAACUUGCCUUCUUGGAUAAACUCACGCUUACAACUGAACUUUGUGGCCAACAACUUCACACUUAACAGCUCAAACAUAAGGCUUUUACCAGGAUUAGAAUGCCUUCAAAGAAGCUUCCCAUGCUUUAGAAAUGCUCCACGAUAUGCAAACUUUUCAAUCAAGUGUGGCGGACCAGCAAUGAUAUCUGAUGGGAUAUUAUUUGAGGCUGAUAAUAGCACUCUUGGUGCAGCAAAUUUUAAUAUAACCAGUACACGUAAUUGGGCAGUUAGCAAUGUAGGUAUGUUUGCAGAUAGACAAAAUCAACAGUAUGUGGAAAACAAUGGAGGACAAGUGAGAAGUACCAACACUCCAAUGAUGUAUCAAACUUCAAGGCUAUCCCCUGGAUCACUCAGAUAUUAUGGCCUAGGCCUCGAGAAUGGACCCUAUACUGUAAGACUGUUCUUUGCAGAGACAGGUUUCCAUGAUCGAAGCUCAGGUACUUGGACUAGUCUAGCAAGGCGUGUUUUCGAUAUAUAUAUUCAGGGAACCCAAGGAUUAAAGGAUUUUGAUAUAUCAAAGGAGGCAGGUGGUGUUCAGAGAGCAAUAACUAGGAAUUUCACUGCUAAUGUAACUGAGAACCAUCUUGAAAUUCACCUGUUUUGGGCUGGUAAGGGGACUACCGGUACACCAGAAGAAGGUUAUUACGGUCCAUCUAUUUCAGCUAUUAGUGUUGUUCCAAAUUUCAUACCAACUGUUAGUGGGAUACCGCCGGGCAAUCCUAAAGAGAAGAACCACACAACAUUGAUUGUUGUUGUUUCAGUUCCUAUUGUAGCAUUGGCUUUGAUACUUGUAUUUGUAAUCCUUUAUGUGAAAAGAACCAGAGAAGAUGAGGAGGAGGAGGUGCUUCUUGGCAUCAGCCCUAGACCAAACACAUUUAGUUAUUCUGAGUUAAAGGCUGCCACUGAAGACUUCAAUCCUUCAAAGAAGUUAGGAGAAGGGGGGUUCGGAGCUGUGUACAAGGGUACACUUUCUGAUGGGAGAGUUGUAGCUGUGAAACAACUUCUAGUAGCAUCAAACCAGGGAAAAGAUCAAUUUGCUGCCGAGAUAGCUACCAUAUCAGCAGUACAACAUCGUAAUCUUGUCAAACUAUACGGGUGCUGCAUUGGAGGAAAUAGGCGCCUCCUUGUUUAUGAGUAUCUUGUGAACAAGAGCCUUGAUCAGGCACUUUGGGGACAAAAUGAUUUGCAUCUUGAUUGGCCAACACGCUUCAAUGUCUGUUUAUCAACUGCAAGAGGGAUAGCUUAUCUUCACGAAGAGUCUAGGCCAAGGAUUGUUCAUAGGGAUGUCAAGGCAAGCAAUAUUUUGCUUGAUGCAGAGCUCUGCCCGAAGAUAUCUGAUUUUGGAUUGGCGAAGCUUUAUGAUGACAAGAAAACACACAUCACCACUCGUGCUGCUGGAACAAUUGGCUACCUGGCACCCGAGUAUGCAAUGCGCGGGCAUCUUACAGAGAAAGUAGAUGUUUUUGGCUUCGGUGUUGUUGCUUUGGAGAUUAUAAGUGGUAGACCAAACUCAUAUAAUGCCUUAGAAAAUGACAGAACUUAUCUUCUUGAAUGGGUGUGGACCCUGCAUGAAAACAACCAACUCUUGAGUCUGCUUGAUCCAACAUUAGUAGAGUUCGAUGAAAAUGAAGCUCUCCGAGUGAUAAGGGUGGCACUUUUAUGCACCCAAACAUCACCAUCUAUGCGGCCACCCAUGUCCCGUGUUGUUGGGAUGCUUGCGGGAGAUAUUGAAGUGAGCAAUGUUACAACAAAACCAAGUUAUAUAACUGACUGGGAUUUUAAGGAUAUAACAAGCACCUUUGUGGAUGAAGAAGCACAAAUAUCCAUUGCAUUUGAUCUUAACAGCAGCGACAUCAAGAGUAAGAACAUGAGUGUUUUAGAGGCAGAUGAUCAACCAAUACUCUCUCAAGUAAAUAUUACUGAAUUUAAGGAGAGUAUUCGAGAAGGAAGGUGAGAGAUGUUUGUUCUAUGCCUGCUAUACUGUGUUAAAAAACAUAGAAUUUAUGUUGUUUCUUCAACUAUGUCUACUUUGUAGUUUUAGAAACUAUCAUUUCUAUAUAUAGUGAGUUGUAUUGUAAUAAACAUAUAACAAUAUUAGAAAAUUCAGACAAACAAAGACUUAUGGUGUUUGGAAUUC